CAAUCAGAUAUCAAAAUUAAUGCUUUCAACGCAUGCACGCUAAAGAUGGCGCCAAUUUCCCUGAACACCGGAAUGUUGGUACAAUUUUCAGGGAGGUGGGGCAUUUUGUUUAUGUUUUGCGCGUCUUGCGGUGCGCCUCAGCGUCAGGUUGCGUUAGAGCGCUAGCCACGCGUCCCAGGUGAUCUUCAGAAUCUUGCGCGCGUUUUUUGGCCCUCCAAGGGCCCCUUUGAAGUCAUGUCUCGGCGUUCAGGCCGGUUAGAAGCGACGAAGGACGGGCCAAAGGUCGUUGUCCAGCAGGUUCUGCAGGUGGACCCGCCUGAACCGGAGCCUCCAGCUGACCAGGAGCAACCUCAGGAGGGCCCAGAAGCCGCUAAAAAGCCAGAGCUCAAAACCCGCUUGCGACCCAACCGCUCGUCAUGGCGUCAGCGAUUUUCACCACCACCUUUGUCAAAAAAUAAAAUCAAGAGAGAGAGUGAUAACGUAAUAUAUAUCAAAUCAGAAACGAUGGAAGAACAAGAGGAUCAGCAUGGAGAAAAUAAUGAAGCUAGAGAGGAAGAGGAGAGUGACGAAGUGCAAAAUUUGCAGGAACUUCAAGAAGGACAAGAUCAAGAAGGACCAGCAGAAGAAGAAGAGGAAGAAGAAGAAGAGACCGAGGAACCGGCCGAAGAAGAAGUAGUGGAACAAACAGAAGUAGCUCCCAUGGAAGUGGUUCAUCUGGAGGAGCAACACGUUUUGAUUGUGCCAGAUUCAUUGGAGGAGGCAGAGGAGGAGGUAGAGGAGCCUAUGGAGGCUGAGGAAGCAGACGAUGGCAUUGAGCAGACUCAGAUCAUGGAAAGCAUCCCAGAGGAAGCUUCAGAAGCUGAUAGAAUAUGCACUGUUGUCCAACAGGACCAGCUCAUACAGCAGUUUGGCCUCAACCUUGCCAACAUGAGCCCUAAUCCCAACUCCAGGGAAACGAUUUUGGCUGUAUCUCAGAGGAUGAUUGAACUUGUUCGCCUUCUGAUAGCGGCUCAAAGCAUUAAUGCGAGCAUAGACUCUCUUGCUGCCCUUUUUCGCACCGAUUAUUGGCCAACAAUUUUAAGCGCCAUCAAAUAUGUUAGUGGCUACGAAGAUGGAUUGGCGAAGAAUCCGCAAUACAUUUUUGAUAUAGGCCAGGCAUUGAGAUUUUGCGCAUUUAUAUUAAAACGGGAAGCCCAGGAAAAUGGAAAUGAUGACUACGAAGGACAAGCACAGCAGUUUUUGGAUACAAUCGAAGUUAACAUGUCUACCAUCACCACAGACCAGCCUGUCACCGUUGUUGCAGAGCAGGCUAUAGAAACGGAGACUGUCACCACAGAAAUUGUCACCGAUGAGCCAAACCAGGAGUACAGGGUGAUUUUGAGCAACACAACUGGCGAAGAAUCGCAGCCAGUCACCCUCAGCUUGCAGGUUGCCAACGAAGAUUUAGCAAUGCCAGGCACAGUGCAAGUAGUUAAAAUCAUUUCAACACCUUCGGGCAAGAAAGGCAUCAUCAUCCCCACACGCAUUCUCAGUAAAAAGGUGUGAGACCUGCCAAAAGUACAAACAUACUGACUCACCCCAGAGUGUGCUUUUAAUUUUUUAUUUAUCUGUGGCGCUGUUGUUUCGACAGCAAAGUGUAGCAAUAAACUAUCAGUUUGGGAUAAUUGUGGAGGUGUGACUCGACAGGUAAGUUCUUUCUGUGUCCUGUCAAUGCAAAUUACACUACUGCGACGAGUAAUUAUAAAAUCUUUGUGUACUUUGUAAGCGCAUUAUUCUAAUUGGUUUUUUUAAUCUACGGUUUGUUGGUUUCUCCAUACUUGUAGCUGGAAGAAAUUGUUUUCAACUUCUGUAAAACCAUUUUUAAGUUGAAGGCAAUUUUUUAAUAUAACAUGAGAGCAGUACAGAUGAA